AUGGAUCAAUCACAAUUUACAGACAGAGCAUUAAACAUUGUCACCACAGCUCAGAAGCUGUGUGAACAGAACAACCAUGCGCAGAUUGCUCCAAUCCAUUUUCUGGCUGCCAUGACACCCAUGACAACCGAUGGAGAAGCAAUCUACUUGAAAACAUUAGUUGAGAGAGGCCGGUUCGACUGGCAGAACUUUGAGCGCGCUGUGAACAAACAUCUGCUUCGGCUGCCUGCUGUUCAAGGCAGUAACACCGAGCCAUCGUUUUCCGCAGCUGCCGCAAGCAUCAUCACCAACGCAAACAAGAUCAAAGCGCAACAGAAAGACUCGUUCAUUGGCCAGGACCACAUUUUGCUGGCCCUGCUUGAUGAUUCCUCGAUCAAAUCCAUUUUGAAAGAGGUGAGCAUUUCUGCGGACGCUUUGAAAGCUCAAAUCACUGAGCUCAGAGGUAACCAGAGAAUCGACUCCAGACAGGCCGACUCGUCGCAACAGUUUGAAUUCCUUUCCAAAUACGCCGUGGAGCUUACUGAGAGGGCCUUGCAGGGUAAGAUCGACCCUGUGAUUGGAAGAGAAGAAGAAAUUAGACGGACUAUUCGUGUCCUUGCCAGAAGAGCCAAGUCGAAUCCAUGUUUGAUUGGUGACCCUGGUGUUGGUAAGACAAGUAUUGUUGAAGGAGUUGCCCAGAGAAUCGUUGAUAACGACGUUCCUUCUGUUUUGCAAGGUUGCAAGCUGUACUCGCUGGAUUUGGGUGCCUUGAAAGCAGGUGCCAAAUACCAAGGUGAGUUCGAAGAAAGACUCAAGGGAGUUUUAACCGACAUCGAGAAUUCCCAGGCCAUGAUCAUCCUCUUCAUUGAUGAGAUCCACAUGUUGAUGGGUGACGGAAAGUCGGACGCUGCCAACUUGCUGAAGCCAGCUUUGGCCAGAGGUAACUUCCACUGCAUUGGUGCCACCACUGUGACCGAGUACCGUAAGUACAUCGAGAAAGACGGUGCUUUUGAAAGACGGUUCCAGCGCAUCGACGUUCGUGAACCUACCAUCAGAGAGACCGUUGCUAUUUUGAGAGGACUGCAACCAAGAUACGAGAUCCACCAUGGUGUUCGUAUUUUGGACAGUGCUCUGGUCACUGCUGCACAACUGGCAUCGAGAUACCUUACUUACAGAAAACUGCCGGACUCUGCCGUCGAUUUGAUCGACGAGUCGGCUGCCGGUGUUGCUGUUGCCAGAGACUCCAAGCCGGAGGAACUGGACUCCAAGGAAAGACAGCUGGAAUUAAUCGAGGUUGAGAUCAACGCUCUGGAAAGAGACCAGGACGCUGACAGUUCCACCAAGGAAAGACUAGAAGCCGCCAGACAGCGCAAACAGAACUUGGAAGAGGAACUGGAACCCCUUAGAGAACAGUACAACCAGGAGCGCGCAGGCCACGAAGAGUUGACUGCUGCUAAACGGAAGCUCGACGACCUGGAGAUCAAGGCCCAGGACGCUGAGAGAAGACACGACUCACAGACCAUUGCCGAUUUGAGAAUGUUUGCUAUUCCUGAUGUCAAGAGACGGAUCGAGGAGCUUGAGAACAAGGUGAUGGAAGAAGAGGCCCAGAGCGAGGAGUUCCUUGUGAAGAACGUUGUUGGCUCUGAGCAGGUGGCUGAGACUGCUGCUCGGUUGACUGGAAUCCCUGUCAACAAGUUGACUCAAGCCGAGAACGCUAAGCUCAUCACCAUGGAGAAAGAGCUUUCUUCUGCUGUCGUUGGCCAAGGAGAGGCCGUCAAGGCUGUUUCCAAUGCCAUCAGACUAUCGAGAUCCGGUCUGGCCAACCCUAACCAGCCGGCCUCGUUCCUGUUCUUGGGUCUUUCCGGUUCUGGUAAGACAGAGCUGGCCAAGAAACUCGCUGGCUUCCUGUUUGCUGACGAGAAAGCCAUGGUGAGAAUCGACUGUUCCGAGUUGAUGGAGAAGUACUCCGUCUCGAAACUGCUUGGUUCCACUGCCGGUUAUGUUGGAUACGAGGAAGGUGGUAUGUUGACCAACCUGUUGCUGAGAAAGCCUUACUCUGUGGUUCUGUUUGACGAGGUGGAGAAAGCUGCUCCCGAAGUUUUGAACAUUAUGCUUCAAAUGCUCGACGACGGAAGAAUCACCGCUGCCAACGGAACUUUGGUCAACUGUUCGAACUGUAUUGUCAUUAUGACUUCGAACCUGGGUGCCGAGUACAUCUCUGCCUCCAAGGGAAGCAAGGUGGACGAAGACACCAAGAAACUGGUGAUGAGUGCAGUGCGGGCUCAUUUCAGACCAGAAUUCCUCAACAGAAUCUCUGCCACUGUUGUUUUCAACAGACUUUCCAGACAUGCCAUCUCCAAGAUCGUCAAGCUGAGAUUGAAGGAGAUCGAGAACAGAUUCGAGCAGAACGGCAAGACACUCAAACUUGACGUUGACGACGGGGCUUUGGAAUACUUGUGCAAGAGAGGCUACUCUGCUGACCUUGGAGCCAGACCACUGAACAGACUUAUCCAGAACGAGAUUCUCAACCAUCUUGCUGUGAUGGUUUUGAACGGCCAGGUUCUAGAUAAAGAGGUGGUGCACAUCACUACUAGCGAUAAAGGACUUGUUGUCAAGCCUAACCACGAGGUCCAGGACGCAAUGGACAUUGACGACUGGACGGACGCCGCCGACGAUGACUCUGGAUACAGCACUCCAGACCUCGACUGA